AUGGCAAGCCUCAUGGUGAAGUCCGCGAUGGACAUGCUCGGACGGUGGACCGCCUCCACCAUCGCGGGCAACCCCAAUAUCAACGUGGAGCAGAGAUCAUCCACACUGCCGGCGAGAUCAUCGCGAAGACGAGCUUCGGUAUCGGCUACGACAGCGGCCGCAAGGUGUUGGACAAAUUGCGAUCCCCCAGCUCACCCUCUUCAACUCCAACCGCCUUGUGGGCGUGCCCUUCAGCAAAAUCGUGGCCGCAACCAGACCCUUGAGGCCCGGAGGCUCGGCAAGGAGAUCGACGAAGCAAUGCUCUCGAUCAUCGAGGCUCGGAGAAGAUCGAAAGGUGGAGAUCAUCAGGGGGAUCUGCUGGGUCUUUUGCUGGCGGAGAACUAUGGGGACGGUGGGCGUAGGCGUGGAAGAGCGCUGACGACGCGGGAACUUGUCGACGAGUGCAAGACGUUCUUUUUCGCAGGCCAUGAAACGACGGCAUUGGCGCUGACAUGGACGAUGCUGCUUUUGGCGGUGCACAAGGACUGGCAGGAGAAGCUGAGAGAGGAGAUUAAGGGCGUGGUCGGAGAAGGAGAGGUUAACCCCUACCAAGCUCACGGGAUUAAAAAAAGGUAA